GUCAUACAUGAAGUAAUUGCCGCAUAAAAAUUUUCGUAAAUGUAUUUCCAUAAAAUGUAAAAAGUUUGAAAUUCAAAAUGAGCUGUACUAUAAGAAGAUUGAUAUACAAGUACAGGCAAUUGAAAUGUACGCACCCUGUACUUGUACACGGCACCCAGAUUGGGUUGCUCUUUGGUCUAGGUGAUCUCAUAUCACAGACCUAUUUCGAAGAUACUUGUGAAAUCGAUUGGAUGCGAACUGCUAAGGCCACCGCUUUGGGCACCUUCUUUGUGGGCCCACUUGCGACGAAAUGGUAUAUGUACUUAGAUCGACGUAUCGUCUGUCCGCCUUGCAAAGAAUGCAGUAAACUGAUGUUGGCCAUCAAGAAAGUGCUGGCCAAUGAAUUGCUAGCUGCGCCAGUGUUGACAGCCGCCGGUAUGGUUAUUAUAGAUCUGAUGCAGGGGAAAGAUUUGGAUGGAAUAUCAUGUACUCUUAGCGAGAAGUACUGGGAAAUAUUGAAAAUGAACUGGCUGUUCUGGAGUGGGGUGCACUUCUUUAGGUACAUGUUCAUGAUACCACGUAACCAGAUGGUUGUUGUGAAAGCGGGAAUGCUUAUUUGGGCCACCUAUCUCUCUUAUAAGUUUUAUUUGGACGAGUGUAUAAAUGAGAAAAUGGAAGAGGAGUGCAAACAGCUGGAGAAGGAAAUGGAAGACGAUGACUGAAUGCGCAAUGUAUCGUUCAAUGUUUCGAGGAUGUCUAAUAAAAUAAUUUUUUGGUAUUCAAAUCGAAUGUAAUUGUCAACAAACAACUCUGUUAAUGUAAUAUUAAACUUUAAUUAUUACUGAC